CGACUGACCGUCCGUCUCUAGCGUAGGGGUGUCUUCUCGCGCCUUGUCGUCUUAAAGCUUCAAUGGCGACCGGUUAAAAAUAAAUAACAGUUUCCUUUGCUCCGCUAGCCGGUUAGCUCCUGUUAGAGAGCUAACGGGCUUCCGGUGAGAUGGGAUGAUGUAGCGGGAUAACUCUGUGGAAGAACUACGCAGUACCUUAGCAUGCUAAGCUAACGCGGAGCGGCGCACACUGAGCGAGCUAACGGCUGGAAGCUAACCCAGACGAGCGUUCACCUGCGGGGCUGCGUGUCCGACUGGCCCCGCGCGAGAGGCUGUUGGCUAACGUGAUGGAAAGUGUGAAGGAAAACGAGUCCGGGGGGGCUUCGUCCGCCCUGCAGGGGACACCGGACACCAGCGGCAACUCCGCGAAGCCAACUGGAUUAUCGCAGCUGCCUCCCGGUAAAAGACCCUCCAUCGGGGAGGACGAAGGUGGGGGCGCCGAGGCGAAGCUCUUCGGAAAGGGGCUCGCGGCCACCUCCCUUCUCCAGAUCGCGAUAAGGAACGGAAUCUACCAGAACCAGGUCGCCAACGCAGUUGGCGGUUCGGGAAAGAGCGGCAACAUUUACAGCUUGACGUCGGUGAGCAGCACCACUUCGGUGAACUCUCUGCUGAACCGGAGGCGGCACAAGCACAAGCGGAACCUGUCUCUGGGGGCUCCGCCGACCGCCAGCUCCUCCACCGGGGCGUCCGAGGCGGCCGGCCCGGCCCCCGCAGCCUCCCCGCUGAGCACGCUCAGCCUGGACAGGAAGACGUUCCUCCGGCAGAAGCAGCUGAAGCAGCUGCAGGCCUCCGACAAGUCGUGGGUGAGGUCGGACCUCCGGAGGGGCUGCAUCCACGUGCACGACUGGCUCACGCCCUCCUACCCGCGCCCAGUGCUCUGCACCGCGGACACCACUGCCAGAGAGGUGGCCUCUAAACUGGAGGGGAGCAAAGCUGGGGCUGUGCUGAGGAUCCACUGCAAACCCAAUCCAUCUGACCCAAACGAACUUUGUAAUAAAGAUAGUAAUGGACUUGCUGAUGAUCUUAAAUCGGAGGAAAAUGAAACGUGUUACCCUGACAACAAAGCACCUUCUAAUUUAUUACUUGAUAAAACUGGUAGUAACUCUUCCUCUGAGAUCUGUCUGAAUGAUAUUGGUAUUGAUUUGAGCCAGGACGGCUACGGAGGGUACUCUGGUUCUGAUGUGGAGAGCAGCACCUGUGAAGACUUCAGCCCAGGUGCGCCCAGAAGCUCGGAGAACCAAGACUCCCUCAGUGAAGGGCUGGUCCUGAGCAUCGACUCGUCUGCGAUGAGCUCAAAUUGUGACAGCGCCACAGAGGGACCAGACCCAUUUGAGAGUUCUUCAGAUGAACUUGACCUCAACUCUUCCCCGUUACACUCAACCGACAACUCUGCUGCAGACCUGCUCCGCUCGGACGCCCUCGCUGCUCCUAGCCACGUUACGAGACAAGACAGUGAAGCUGCCGAUGCCCCAGAUACCCCCAAAUUAAUCAAGCCUCUUUCUAAAUGCUCGGGCAGCUCUCAGACCCGGCCCUUAACCAGCCAAGCAGCUGUCCAGCCUGACCAGGAGGUCCCUGGGGGUGGCAGAGAAUGGCUCGAGCCCAUCAAUCCUAGUCCGACCCCGGCCCUCUUCGUCCAGCUGCACGGGGGAGCGGUGCGGCGGCUGGGCGAUGAUGAACGACCUCUUCAGAUCCUAAACGAGUACCUCACUAACCUGGGGUUUGAAGAAGCAUGGAGGGUGCAGGAGGAGAGCAUGAACCCAGAAAUUGGCUGCCUGAUACGUUUCUACUUUGGUAAGCCUCGCAGCGUGGGGCGUUCUGAGCGCGUGCAGCUGUCCGGGGUGUUCAACGUGCGGAAAGGGAAGCUGGCUCUGCCGGUGAACCGCUGGUCCAAGCGUCAGGUCACGCUGAGUGGAACCUGCCUCAUUGUGUCGUCUGUGAAACACGCCCACACCGGAAAGAUGCACAUCCUCCCCCUCAUCGGAGGAAAGGUCGAGGAGGUGAAGAGGCACAGUCACUGUCUGGCCUUCAGCUCUGCUGGUCCCCAGAGUCAAACCUACUACGUCAGCUACGACUCGUACGCUGAGCACCUGCGCUGGCACAGGAUGGCCUCAAAGAUCGCCUCUCAGAGGGUGAACUCUGUGGACCUGUCGUGCUGCAGCCUGGAGGAGCUGCCCGCUCAGCUGUUCUACAGCCACGACCUUACGCACCUUAACCUCAAAAACAACUUCAUGACCCUGCACAAAGGUGUUCCCGCCCUCACCAGGUUUUGUAAACUGAGAAGCCUCAGUCUGUCCAAUAACGCUCUGAGCGAGUUUCCUCUGGCCUUGUGCGACAUCACCUCGCUCACAGAGCUCAACCUCUCUGGAAACCGCCUCCCCUGUCUGCCGGCUGAAAUGUCAAUGAUGCACAACCUGCAGACUCUCCUCCUGGAUGGAAACUUCCUGACUUCGCUGCCUGCGGAGCUGAGCUCUCUGGAGAGCCUGUCCUACCUUGGCCUGUCCUUCAACCGUUUCAGCUGCGUCCCCCCCGUCCUGGAGAAGCUGCGAGGUGUGGAGAAACUCUGUCUGGCAGGGAACCAGGUCUGCGUCCUGGAUCUGUUUGGGCUGCAGUGGUUGCCCGCUCGCUACGUAGAUCUCAGGCUGAACCGGCUUCAGAACGUGGCAGUAGCAGACUCGGAGCAGCUGGUCCACAUUGUGCAGCUGGACCUGAGGGACACCGGACUACAGGAGCUGGAUCUCAGCUGUUUGUCCAAGCUGGAACUGCUCCGCUGUGACAGAAACGCGCUGUCAGUCCUCAGAGUCAGUGGCCACGCCCUCAAGAGCCUGCACGCCGCACAUAACGAGCUGAGGCAGCUGGAGGUGCAGCCUGCGCCCGAGAACCUGACCGUUGUGGAUCUGUCCAGGAACAAGCUGGAGAGCGUCCCGGACUGGUUGUGUGAGAGCAGCAGACUGGAGGUGAUGGACAUCAACCAUAACUGUGUCGCUGAGCUGCCUGCAUGGCUGCUGUCCAGCGGGAGCCUCAGAAAGCUGCUGGCAGGCUGGAACGAUGUGUGCCGGCUGACCGAGAGGCUGGAGAGGUCUCAGCUGGAAGUGCUGGACCUCCAGCACAACCACCUGACCGAGCUCCCACACAACCUGUUCAGCGAAGCGCAGAGUUUACGUUACUUAAAUGUGUCGGCCAAUAAGCUGGAGGACCUCCCUGCAGCCAGCCUGUCGGAGGACACCUUCAGCAGCCUGGAGGAGCUUUACGUGACCAGUAACGGCUUGACAGACAAAUGCAUCCCUCUGCUGACGGGACACAGCCACCUCAGGGUGCUUCACGUCGCCUACAACCAGCUGCAGACUUUCACUGCCAGUAAACUGGCCCGACUGGAGCAUCUGGAGGAGCUGGACCUGAGCGGAAACAGACUGAGAGCCGUGCCGACCACCGUCCUCAGCUGCCAGCGGCUGCACACGCUGUCCGCCCACUCCAACUGCAUCAACACUUUUCCUGAAGUCCUCCAGCUGCCUGACAUUAAGUGUGUCGAUUUGAGCUGCAACGAGCUGACGGAGGUCACUCUGCCCGAGACGCUUCCUCCGAAACUCCAGGAGCUCGACCUCACAGGAAAUCCUCGGCUCAACCUGGACCACAAGAGCUUGGAGCUCCUCAACAACAUCCGCUGUUUCAGGGUGGAUCCUUCACCUUCGGCUCCGUGUGCGAGCGAUGGUCAUGGAGUCCCCGCGGUCUGGAGUCACAGCUUCACCGAGGCCUCCGGGGUCAAAAACAAGCUGUGCGUGGCGGCUCUGGCCCAGGACAGCUUCUGCGGGAUCCGUGAAGCUCUGUACGGAGUGUUCGACGGAGACAGGAACGUGGAGGUGCCUUACCUGCUGCAGUGCACCAUGGGAGACGUGCUCGCAGAGGAGCUUCACCGAGGCCAGCGGCAGGAGGACUACAUGACCAACACCUUCCUCACCAUGCAAAGGAAACUGGGCACGGCGGGUCAGAGGAUGGGUGGCUCAGUAGCUUUGUGCCACAUCAGACACGACCCGGUGGCGCCCGGCGAGCACGGAGGCUGCUUCACGCUGAAGGCCGCCAACGUGGGCAGGUGUCAGGCGGUUCUGUGUCGAGGCGGAAAAGCCCUGCUGCUCUCCGACGUUCACACCGUCAGAGAGGAGUCGGAGUACCAGAGGGUCCGACAGCACAACGCCAUCAUCACCGAGGAUAACAAAGUCAGCGGCGUGACGGACUCCACCAGAAUAAUGGGUUACUCCUUCCUCUGUCCCUCUGUGACGCCCCGCCCCCACGUCUCCACGGUGACGCUCACCCCUCAGGACGAGUUCUUCCUCCUGGGCAGCAGGGGAUUGUGGGACCUGCUGUCUCCCGACGAGGCGAUCGAAGCGGUCCGGAACGUCCCGGACGCCCUCGCCGCCUCCAAGAAGCUGGUGACGCUGGCCCAGAGCUUCGGCUGCUCCGACAGCCUCAGCGCCGUCGUGGUGCAGCUCAGCAUCACUGAAGACUGCUGCUGUUUCUGCGAGCCCCCGCCUCCCCCGCCCAGCCCCGGCCCAGGCGCUCAGUCCGCCGGGCAUCCUUACUCGUCGAGCAGCGAGGGCGGGAUCCCGCUGCCGCCCGCCUCCUCCGGAACCGCGAGCGAACUGAGCAGCGAGUUCAGCACGUCCGAGAUGAGCAGCGAGGUGGGAUCCACGGCGUCCUCCGAGGAGCCGCCGCCUCAGACUGACCCCAACACCCAAGGGCGAUCCGGCGUACGGAGACCCGCCCGCGGGGGCGCGAGCUUCCAGAGACAGUUCUCCGGAGCGCUGUCCGAUAACGGGCUGGACAGCGAGGACGAGGAGCCCAUCGCCGGCGUGUUUUCUAACGGCAGCCGCGUGGAGGUGGAGGCCGACGUCCACUGCCUGCUCCGCCACGGCUGCGCUCACUCACACGCCACAAGCAAACCCACCCGCUCCUCAUCCAGCACCGAGCUUUUACCCGCCCCUCCCUCCUCCCCCAGCCUCGGCGGGGACGCUUGGUCUGGGACUCUGGGCCGCAGGGCUCGAGCCAACGGGUCCGUCGCCUGCCAGGGCCGGAGCCAGGACGUCAUCGAAGAGGCCGGGGACGCCCCCGUCAGGAAGCAGGGGGGCUACUUCAACGCCCCCGCCCAGCCGGACCCCGACGACCAGCUGAUCAUCCCGCCGGAGCUGGAGGAGGAGGUCCGUCAGAUCAUCCAGCUGCAGCAGGAGCAGAUUCAGACGCACAACCAACAAACGCACAACUUCCAGAGACCGGCCGAUUACUUCAUCACGCCUCUUUAACAGCAGCGUCGCCCUGAUCCGGGCCCAGCACAAACUCCUGUCCUCGUUUUGUGUUCCACUUUUUCUACGGAUAAACCCCUUUUUCUAACGCUUUGCUCGAAUCUCCACACGUAGUUGAUUUUUUACCAUAUCUAUGAUAUGAAGAAGCACUUGGUUAGUUUCACCUCAGCUAACGGUACUUUGAGAUUUUCCCUCUUUAUUUUCUGUUUCCUGUCGCAGCUGAUGGCCUUAAGUUGUCGGAGUUAGAAACUGUAACUAACUCCUAGGAGUUUCAUACUUAAAGUGAGUUAGUCACUGAGACGUACUAAUAUUCUCUGAGAGAAAAGAUGAUUUAUUUCUGAAGGCCGAUUGUUUUUGUUUUUCUUCUUUCUGGGUGCGUCGAGUCCAGAUCAGAGUUACCAACAGCUCCGUGCGUUCAUUAGUUUUGUCUCGGAAACGUGUCGAGAACUGAAAACUGCACCAGAGAGCUACUUUUGCUAAACAAUAAAGUUUUCAGAUAAACUCAAAUCUGCUGCUUUAGACUUCUUGACGAGCGAAAAGAACUUAA